AUGGAUGAUUACUCAACUAGACAGGUUGGUGCAACUACUAUAGGUAAUAAAGAAUUAUUAAAACUCUUAGGUAUAGAUUGGAAGAAACAAAAGCCAAAGCUCCUCGAUUUUAGUGGAGAUGAAUUCUAUUUAAGUUCUUUAGGAAGCAAUGAACAUGGACAUGGUCUAAUAAAUGAAUAUUUAGAUAUAUCCAACUUAGAAUAUUUGAAACUAAGCAAUAAUAACUUGUCAAGUGACAAUGGUACCUUUAGUUCAAGUAACUCUACGAGAUUUGCAAAACUCAGAAAACUGGAUCUUUCUAACAAUAACAUAUAUAAACUUAGCAGCGAUAUCUCACUUCCAUCACUCACUGAGAUUUAUUUAAACUACAAUAACCUCUCUUCUAUACCAGAAUUAGGAGGGCUUCAAAAACUUGAAGUUCUUGAAAUUUCAAAUAAUAAUAUAGAAGUUCCAUAUAAUUCGAUAAAGCCAUGGACUACACUACAAAACUGCCCGAAUUUGAAAAGACUUGAUCUUUCUCAUAACAAUAUAUCUGUUCUUCCAAGUGUUCUAGCUCGUAUUUUCGAGUUACUUAGUGAAUCACUGACUUAUCUGAACUUAGAAGGAAAUCCUCUCUGCACUUUUUUUCCUGAGUACCGCUCACUAGCUAUUACAUGCUGCAAAUCAUUAGCUAUUUGUGAUGGAACCCUUGUUACCAAUUUAACAAGGCAAAAUAUGCCUCUAUUUGAUCUUGGACUGUUAAAAAAUUAUGAUGAUGUUUAUGAUAUUAGAGCUGGUAGAAGUUAUAACCCUGCCUAUACUUUACAAUUUAGCAAGAAACUUGAAAUGAGCCAUGGAAGAUUAGACUAUCUCUGUAGUACUUUAGAACAAAUUUUAGAAGAAGGUGCAUCAGUCAAACUAUCUGCAUAUUUCCUGCAAGGCUGUGAAGUAAUAUAUAAUGAAUCUAUGCGCCAAUGGUCAACAGAUUACGGGGGAGAUUUAGGCGAUAUUGAUCCUUUUGAAGCACAUAGGUUUAUUAAUAUAUUCAAGCCAUCAAGUAAAUCCCACAGUGAUAGAGUUAGAGAAACAGAAGAACUAAUUGAAUUGGUAUCUUUGGUUAUGGAGAGACAGGAUGACUAUAAUUUUGGUAGCGAAAACCUUUCGAAAGUUUGGAUAUUAACAGGCCUGGCAAGAUUAAUACAUAUUCCUGCUGGUGGUCUAGCUAUAGCUAUAGCUCGUUAUUUUGCAAUUAUGAUGAUCAGAGAAGAAUUUACACAAAAAAUAAGCGAAAUUAUAUCAUCUAUAGUGCUUCCAGGUCUCCAAGGACGUUCAUUUUCAGAUCCUAUUGUGCAAACAGUACUUGCAUCUAUCUCUAUAUUACCUCCAUCAAAUCUGUUUGCUAAAUUAAUGAGCAGACAUAUACCAAUGUUACUAGAUUUUGCAGCACGUUAUGCUAGAACUGAAUUUCAUCGUCCCCUAAUUAUUAUUUUAUCAAUAGUUUCACUAUAUCCUGAAAAUGCGAUUGCACUAUCAGGAUAUGGAGUUCCCUCUGACUUAGCUUCAACUCUAGUAUUGCUAAAUCUUAUUAUGAAGGAACCUGAGGUAAAAAUUGAAAAGGAACAAUUUAUUAAAGAUAGGCCUACUCAAAAGAAAGAACAUGAACUACAAAGUAAGUGGUCUUCUUUGAAGUAUAUCUUAAAUAGCGAUGAUAUAAAGAAUACUCAAAAUAUCAACUGUUCUGGUAAUCUUGCAUCUGGAAGUACAUUUUCUAUUUUAAAAAUGGUAAAGUUACUUGCAAAACGACGGGCUGAGGGUAAAUCUAUAAUACCUAGUUAUAUGAAUGGAACAAGUGAAAUGGAUAGUAGCAGCUUUAUAAUACCAGAAUUUGCUAAACUCUCCAAUUUACAAUUAGACUUAAUAGUGUACUAUUUGAAGAUAAUUCGGAACUGUUGUGAUGCAUCAAACAGAGCAUCUACUCUUUGCACAGAUAUAGGAUUACACUCAAAAUUCUUAAUGCCACUACUACAACAGUUUCUUUCAAAAAGAGAAACACGCUUCUUCUCUGAAAUAAUGUCAAAAUUGUGUUCGGAAAUAAUUAAUGUUUUAACAAGUUUAUUAAAUUCUAGUGGGAUAGCAUUAAUGCAGCUAGUUAUUAAUUUUCACAUAAUAGAUUGGGUUUUGAUCCCACUCAAGGAAGUCCCAUUUACCAAUCCAGAUAUUGCAUCGGCUGCUAUAGGAUGCAUACUCACAAUUUGUAAAAAACCAGAAAUUGAAUCUUUUCAGUAUUCCCCAUUGCACCUAAUUUCACCAUACACAGGAUCAUCCUACAACAUAUAUACAUAUAAUACAAUUAUUGGUCCUACUAAAGAUAAUUUACCAGUCAAUUCAGAAAACAUACUUCGUUAUAUUGUAGAACAGAUGGAUUACUUAUAUCCACAGCUUGAAUUUUUAAACUUUAAUCAGAAUUUCCGUGAAAUGUUAAUGUAUUAUAACAGCAGUUUUGAAAAUGCAACUGAUUUUUUGGAAUCUUCAAAAGUUUGUUUAGCCAAAGUUGUUAUAUCUGAAAAAAUUCAAAAUUUUAUCUUUUCAUUACUUAAAUUUUUGGCAUUUUUUUUUCAAAAUAAGGAUUCUGAAAUAUGCUCAAAGGUUGUAGAUGGAAUAUAUAGUAAAGGUUACUGUACAACUUUUAUUAGGCUACUUGAAGUUCCAGGUGAAGAUGUUCCUAUGGCUGCUAUGGAUAUAAUAUCAAUGGUAGACUUAAGUAUGAUUGACUCUAGUGCAAUGAAUGAAUUUUUUGUUUUAGUUCGUUAUGAAAUUGGUAUAAUUCCUGAUAAAAAAGCUUCCAACAAUGAAAAUCAAACUGUGAACUAUUGUUCAAUAAAUUCACAAUCAUAUCCUAACAGACCAUUUAAGAUUCUUAGUUCUCUAUGGUUACCUUUACUUAUAUAUAUUCGCCGUUUAAUCGAUACUGUAAAUAGCAAUUGUUGGUGCAUAUUUCGUGAUAAUUUUGCUCCUGAAAUAGCUUAUAUAAUAUUUUGUGGACUACAAUAUUCUUGGCAAAAAUUAAUCCUUAGCUCUUCCUUCUCAAAAAUUAUACUUGAAAUAAGCUCUGAACAAUCAAAUGAAGUAUUUACAAUUUUAGCUUCUUGUCGUGUUGUUAGAGCACUAUCAAGAUACAAUGAAUUUAGGAAGUAUCUAAGGGAUCCAAAUCUCCGCAUAUUUUUCGAGUAUUCAUUAAAAAAGGAGGAGCUAAACUUUGGUGCAUAUGAUCCAGAUACGUCAUUGGAGAUAUCAUGGUGUGGUAGGUCAUUAGAAUGGCUAUUGGGGACUCUCAGUGGACAAAACAGACUUUCAGCAGAAAAAAAGUUAGCAACAAGAGUAUUCUGCAGAAUAGCUGAUAUUAUGGAAGGUAUUUCUGAUAAUAAAAUGCUUGAAGUUGAAAAAGCUCAGUUAGAUCACAAUAGAUAUUAUACUACUGAUAAUAAACAGUUGACAACAAUUGAAAGCUCCUUCUUAAUUAUUAUUGAUAAAGAAACUAAAAUGUGGGAUAUAGAAGCAAAUUCAUAUUUAGUGAAUCUACUACUUCUAGAUAAUAUGGAAAUAGAUGAUAAAAUAAAGGAAGAGACUAAGUUCAUUGAAAAUGAUGGAAUAAUUAAACUCUAUACAUACUUAUCUACAAUUGAACAGCUUAGAAUUUCAAACAUCUACAUACAAUCAGGUAGGGAUUCAAUUAUUGAUGAAGCAAAUGAAUGGGCUGGUAUUAUAAAAGGCGAAAUAUUACAAGCUGAGAGUAGGUUAGUAAAAAAAAUUGAAGAGACUACUGAUGGACUAGAAGAUAGUGAUUGUAAUAAUGACAGUAAUCAAUCUAACAAAAUCCUGCUAAAUAUAUCUGACUCUGAAGAAGAUAUUGUACAUAACGCUAAAACCCAAUUUAUGGUAAACCCAGAUGAGGAGAUUACUAUUAUACAUCCAUAUGCUAGAAAUAUUUUGAAUGGAGUAUAUAAUAAAUAUGGACCAAAUCUCAUUGAGUCAUGGGAUUGUAAUAAUAGAGUGUCACAAAACUUCUCAAUAUUCAGCAAUAAAUACCAAAAUACCCAGGUAUUAUCAACAAUAAAAUUACCUAGUUCCACAAUAAACUCUUCAGAAUCAUUAUCUGCACAGCACAAACUAAAAGGGAAAGGAGUUCUUUGGAAUGAUAUAAUUACUGGUAGCAUAACUGCCCAUGUAACAAUAGCAGCUUUUCUGCGAGUACUUUAUGUUGGUCUCAAUGCUAAUACUACACCAAAAUUAGCCAAUUACACUAAAGAGUCAAUAAGGAAACCACACAUUUUAAGUGGUAUUGCAUCACUUGUCUUGUGCUGUGGAUAUUUAGAAUCUGAAGUAGCAUCAAAAUUUCUACUUUUAACAAGUAUGGCUUUAGAAAUAUCACCAGAAGAUUCAGUAGAAUCUAUGGACUUAUUGAUUUGUCUUUAUAUUACCUUUUGGUUCUUGAAUUCAAUAUCCGAAUCUGUAUUAUAUAUUCUCCAGGAGUCUAAUAGAAGAGCUCUUUCGUUGAGUGAGCAACUAUUAUGUACCAUGGUUUCAAAGGUACUUUCACAAUCAAUUUAUUUGCUGAAGUACAUUCAAUUUUCACACAAUGCUUCAAUACAUAAGUAUUUUCUUGAGAAAUCACUAAAUUUUCUUUUUUCAAAAAAUAUUUUUGAGUGUUUAAUAAGGCUAAUACUUUUCGAUUUACAGAUAUCAAUCGGUAGUGCUCAUGGAACAUAUAUAGCACAUGUUCCUUUAAUGGAGAAUGUGGAAACUUCUUUUUAUAACAAAGACCAUGCCAAAAAGUCUAUUGAGCUAAGAGAAUUAAUGCGAAUUUCUUGUAUAAAGGCAGCAACCUUUAUUAUGGAAAUUUCAUCAAAAUCUCGUUACACAAUAAUUGAGAGUAUAAUGUACCAAUCUAUAUUUCGGCAUUUUCCAAUCCGACGCUCUUUUCUUUUUGAGCUAUUGGAUGGAAUUAAUAGUCAACAUUAUUUGUAUGGAGUAGAACUAUAUUUGUCACGCUACUAUAAACGCAAUGAGAGAAUUUUAGGGCUCUAUCCAUGUCGUGUGUUCUCUCAAAAUCCCACACUUCGUAACCUUGAAGAUGAGAUGCUGAGGAAUCUAACUAAACCUCAAACCAUAAUCGUUGUUUUGACCACAUCUUCCCUUUACUUUUUUGAAAAACCUACUUCUAUCCGCAAUGUUCUUGCUAAAGAACAAUAUAAGUACUAUAGGGAUCCCAUUAUUAUACUAAAGAGAGAGUAUAAAGACUUGCAAAAAAUUAUACGAAGCUUCCUAGGAGAUCAAGUUCUUAUGCUAGGUUGGUUCUCACCUGGAUCUAGAAAUAGUCUUCAAAACUCUAAGAUGAAAAAUAUUGAUAAACCUCAAUAUUCAACUACACUGUAUGAUAUUAUUAUUUGUGAAAAAAUAUGCGAUAGAGAUGAUAUGAUAUCAAAUAUAGUUCAAUUAUAUGAACACAAAUUCUCAAACAAAAUUGCAGUGAACAACGAUAUAAUAAGUAGAAGUUGUUUAGGUGAAUAUUUGAGGAUUGAAAAUAUUCGUGCUCAACAAUUUGGGCUGGUUGAUAUGUAUAGCUUGAGUAUAUUAAAUAAGGAAAGUGGUAACGAAUUUACCAACAUAAUAAACAAAUCAAAAUCUUUAUUAGAUCAAAUAUUCGCUUCUACUGAUAUAGUCUUUCCUCAUAAGAAGAGAUUUCCAAAAUCAAAAUUGCCAAGAGCUGCAAUACUUCAUAAUCCUGAACAAGCAUUAUUGCACUAUUUCGUCAUUACACUAAAUUCAGUAUAUGAAUUUGAAAUUAAUUGGCAAUUUUGGUUUUCACCAGAUUCUCUAAUGUUAACGACAGUCGAAGAUCUUUACCUUAGAUAUGAAAUAUCGUUACCACUAGAGGCCCAAGAAAUCCCUGAUUCUCAGAACUACUUUAAUAGUUCAUCUAAGCUUGGACUUGCCAAUUUUCUCGGUGUACUUGAUCAAAGAAAUGAGGAGUAUGAUAACAGUACGCAAGUUGCAGUUGAAAAAGAGAAAAGUCAAGAGUCUAAAUCUACAAAUGUCCAAUAUAAAUACGAAACUAAUGUAUCUUUGAAGGAAUUUAACUCUGAAUCUCAGAAGUGGUUUGAAACUAGACAAAAACUUGCAAAGUCACACCUGUUCAAAAAGAUCAGGUCUUUUCGUAUACAUAGGUUAAGAUCUGUGCAAUUUAGUCCUUUAGAAGAAGCAGAGAUGAAGUUAAUUUACCAGCUUCCUAAUGAGUCAAGUCAAGAACAAAGUGCAAGAUUUGAAAGUAAAAAGUCUUCAGAGUCAAUUCCUCAAGGUAAAAUACAGUUAAAUAGUAGUGAUGAAGAUUCUGUGGAAAAUUCAUCGGAAAAUGAAAAUAAUGAUAUGAUAAAAUUAUCCUCUCUUCAAAUCAUUUUUUUAGAUGAUUCAUCAAGAGAAAGAGUCAAACUUGGAAUAGCGCUGGUUAUUAACCAAUAUGAAAACUCCAGUGACUGGAAGCGCCGGAUGGUUCCUAUCUCCAACUUACUUGGAACAGAAGAUAAAAAGUAG